CUGCAGGAAAGCGCUUUGAGAGAGCCCCCGGGUCUACUCGAAAAGUAAAGGAUGCGAGCAUGCGCUGAACCACAGUUCUGUACACUCUCCCAAGAUCCACAGAAAAUGAACACACCUCAGGCAACAGUGUCGUUCAAGGACGUGACUGUGGAGUUUACCCAGGAGGAGUGGCGACAGAUGGACUCUGCUCAGAGGACCCUGUACAGAGAUGUGAUGCUGGAGAACUAUAGCCACCUUGUCUCAGUGGGGUACUGCUUUACAAAGCCAGAACUGAUCUUCACAUUGGAACAAGGAGAGGAUCCAUGGUUAUUAAAGAAAGAAUUUCUAAGAAAAAGCUCCCCAGAAGACUCCCAACCUAAUCAACAUUCAGAGAAGAGCCUAGAAAACCAAGGCAAAUAUUUGUGGCAAGUUUUGUUCACCAACAAAUCAUUGACUACAGCAGAACCAUGUAAUCUGGACAUAAACAUUUUACCUGUAAGAACAAUGCCCUAUAAAUUUGAUACUACAGGGCCUACCUACCUGCAUCUCAGUUCAUUGGCCCCACACUAUCAAUAUUCAAGAAAGAAGGCUCAUGAGCUUACUGAGAAAUGGCUUCUUAGUAUUAAGGAGGGCAGAACUAAUACUAGCGAGAAAUCACUUGUCUAUAGUAAAAAUGUGAAUUCCUUCAGUCAUAAAGAGAAAGUCAUUCAGCAUCAGGCAAUUCAGACUUUGCAGCAAGCUUCUGAGUACAACGAAUGUGGAAAAGCUUUCCUUGAACAGACUGCUCUCACUGCUUCUGAAAGUAUCUACCCAAAAGUGAAAUCUUAUAAAUUCAGUAAAUUUGGGGUAAAACAAUGUGAUAAAUCAACUUCUAUAGUCUCUCAUAGCCAUAAUCCAGAAGAGAAGAGUCAUGGCGAAUUUAAUGAAUAUGAAUGUGCCCAAAACAGAAAUAAUUUCAGUAGGAUCAUGCAAAGAACUGACACAGAAGGGAAACCUUUCAGCCAAAAAUCACACAGAGAACAUCAGAAAAUUCAUAUAGGAGUGAAACCCUAUGAAUAUGGAAAGAAUUUCAUCCAUAAUCCAGCCCCCCCAGUGCAUCAAAGAACUCACACAACAGACAAAUCCUCUGAUUAUGACACAUGUACAGAGACAUUAGGUUGUCAGUCAGCUUUCAACAUACAUCAGAGAACUCACAUAACACUGAAACCCUAUGAAUGUAAUGAAUGUGGAAAACCCUGUACUAUGAAUUCAUUCCUGAUUCAGCCUCUGGAAAGUCACACAGGGGAUAAAACCUACGAAUGUCAUGCAUGUGGGAAAGCUUUCAGUGAGAAAUCACGCCUAAGAAAACAUCAAAGAACUCACACAGGAGAGAAACCCUAUAAAUGUGAUGGUUGUGAGAAGUCUUUCAGUGCAAAGUCAGGUCUAAGAAUACAUCAGAGAACUCACACAGGGGAGAAACCCUAUGAGUGUAAUGAAUGUGGGAAGUCUUUCAACUAUAAGUCAAUCCUCAUAGUACAUCAGAGAACUCACACAGGGGAGAAACCCUUUGAAUGUAAUGAAUGUGGAAAAGCAUUCAGCCACAUGUCAGGCCUAAGAAAUCAUCGGAGAACUCACACAGGGGAAAGACCGUAUAAAUGUGAUGAAUGUGGGAAAGCUUUCAAACUGAAGUCAGGUCUAAGAAAACAUCAUAGAACUCACACAGGGGAGAAGCCCUAUAAAUGCAAUCACUGUGGGAAAGCUUUUGGUCAGAAAUCACAACUCAGAGGACAUCAUAGAAUUCACACAGGGGAGAAACCCUAUAAAUGUAAUCAUUGUGGGGAAGCUUUCAGCCAGAAAUCAAACCUUAGAGUGCAUCACAGAACUCACACUGGGGAGAAACCCUAUAAAUGUGAUGAGUGUGGAAAAACUUUCAGGCAAAAAUCAAAUCUCAGAGGACAUCAGAGAACUCACACAGGGGAGAAACCCUAUGAAUGUAAUGAAUGUGGAAAAGCUUUCAGUGAAAAGUCAGUCCUAAGGAAACAUCAGAGAACUCACACAGGAGAGAAACCCUAUAAUUGUAAUCACUGUGGAGAAGCUUUCAGCCAGAAAUCAAACCUCAGAGUACAUCAGAGAACUCACACAGGGGAGAAACCCUAUAAAUGUGAUAAAUGUGGGAAAACUUUCAGCCAGAAAUCCAGCCUUAGAGAACAUCAGAAAGCCCACACAGGGAGUUGAACAUCUGAACAUAAAGAAUAUGGAAAAACUUUGAGCCAGAAAUCAAAUCUCACAAUAUACCGGAGAACUCACUCUGAGACAAAACCCUAUAAAUGUAAUGAAUGUGGUAAAUCCUUCUUUCAAAAAGGACAUCUCAUUCAGCAUCAAAGAACUCACACAGGAGAGAAACCAUUUGAAUGUAAUGAAUGUGGAAAAACUUUCUCCCAGAAGUCACACCUUAGUACACAUCGGAGAAUUCACACAGCAGAGAAACCCUAUAAGUGUAAUGAAUGUGGGAAGACAUUUGUCCAGAAGUCAACCCUCAGGGGACAUCAGAGAAUUCAUACAGGAGAGAAACCCUAUAAGUGUAGUGAAUGUGGGAAAACUUUUGUUCAAAAGUCAACCCUCAGAGAUCAUCAUAGAAUUCACACAGGGGAGAAAUCCUUUCAGUGUAAUGAAUGUGGGAAGACUUUCGGUCAGAAAUCAAACCUCAGGAUACAUCAGAGAACUCACGGUGGUGAGAAAACAUAUCAAUGUAAUGAAUGUGAAAAAUCCUUCUGGCGAAAAGACCAUCUCAUUCAACAUCAGAAAACACACACAGGAGAGAAACCAUUUAAAUGUAAUGAGUGUGGGAAAACUUUUGCCCGGACAUCAACCCUUAGAGUUCAUCAGAGGAUUCAUACUGGGGAGAAACCAUUUAAGUGUAAUGAAUGUGGGAAAAAAUUUGUCCGGAAGGCAAUCCUUAGUGAUCAUCAGAGAGUUCAUACAGGGGAGAAACCUUUUCAGUGUAACAAAUGUGGGAAAAGUUUUGGCCAGAAAUCAAACCUCAGAAUACAUCAGAGAAUUCACAGUGAGGAAAAAUCUUAUGAAUGUAAUGAACUUGGAAAAUUUUAUAAGAAGUCAACUCUAAAUGUUUGCCAGAAAAUUCAGGGAGAGGGAAAACCCUAUUGAUAAUAAUAAAUAUGGAAAAAUCCUUCUGUCUGGAAGACCAAGCCAUUUGACUCCAGAAAACCCACACAUAUAAAUAUGAAUGUAGGAGGAAUUUUAUCCAAAAAGCAACCCUGAAAGUCUAUCAGAGAAUAGACAUAGG